CAGAGAGAGCAGCGGAGAAGAGGAGAGGAACCUCUGGCCCAACAGAUAACUCACAAGCUGCUCCGACAUGGAAGACUCCCUGGACUACACAUCGGAUCUCUCCUCCGAUCCCGAUUUGUGGAACAAUCAAAGCUUCUUGUUGAACAAGACGGCCGGCUCAGUUUACAUCACCGGCCUGUCGCCGGUGAUGAAUAAAAUCAUCAACAUACUUUUGAUAAUCAGCCUUUUCAUCACCAUGGUUUCACUGGGAUGCACCAUGGAGGUGUCCAAGAUCAAGCGCCACCUAAUGAAACCCAAAGGGCUGGCGAUAGCAGUGCUGGCACAGUAUGGUAUCAUGCCUCUAUUAGCAUUUUCGCUUGUUACGUUGUUCCAGCAGUCUGGAAUGAAGGCUGUGGUGGUUCUGAUAAUUGGCUGCUGUCCUGGAGGAACUCUCUCCAACAUCCUGGCCCUGGCUCUGCAGGGAGACAUGAACCUCAGCAUUUUGAUGACGUCCUGCUCCACGUUUCUGGCUUUCGGCAUAAUGCCCCUGCUGCUCUCCAUCUACUGUCGGGGCUUAAACGUGCAGAACGUCAUGCCCUUUGUCGAAAUCACCAUAUCGCUGGUCAUGAUCCUCGUGCCCUGCGGCGUCGGCAUCCUCAUCAACUACUACAGGCCGCAGUACGCCAGGUUCAUCACGAGGGCGGGCUUCACUUCCUUGUUCAUUGUUGUGUUGGGGAUCAUCAUCGUUUACAGCACUGGGAAGGGAGACGUCAUCCUGACCGUGCUGUCUGCUCCCCUCAUGGUCUGCAGCGCCAUCAUGCCCCUCAUCGGCUUCGGCUUCGGAUACCUCCUCUCCUGGCUCUUCAGACUCACCCCCUCGGAGAGGAGGACCGUUGCUAUAGAAACAGGCUGUCAGAACACCCAGCUGUGCGCCACCAUUCUGAAACUGGUCUUUCCCACGGACCUGAUGGGUCCUCUGUUCCUGUUCCCCAUGGUCUACGCCAUCUUCCAGCUCAUGGAGGGGGCGCUGCUCGUCGUGCUGUUCAGGGCUCACCAAAGAUUCACAAUCACAGCGAAAGACAAGUAUCAGGCAGCGAUCGGUGAAGACCGAGAGGCCUCCGACGAGAGCGUUUGACAGAGGAAUCUUCAUUUUAUGAAUAUCAUGUGGACAUUUUGACCAACGUGUCUCCA